CAGCUGGCCAGUGGAAUGGAUGAGCCUUACCAGAAAGAAGGCGUGGAUGAAGACGGGUGUCCAGAAUACAGCGGUCGUGAGACCCGAGACUGGACGGAUCCUCAGCCCCAGUCCCCGUAUCGGCUGACCAAAACAGAGCCCGGUCCGGGACCGUCCAUCGGGUGGGGGGAUUGUCCCUAUCCCGAUGACACCCAUUUCACUCUCAGCGUUCCCGCUUCGGGAGAGGCGGGGCAGUCAGAGCACAAGGCGCAGUUUUUGUCAGCCCUAUCCGAGGAUCGCCUGCCCCCAUUGGGCCGUUUGGAGGGUGAGGAGCAGAAAGAUGCUCUACCGUCACAAAACACAGGUGGCAAUGAUGCGAAUGAGCCGUCGCUAAGUCCGUCAGCCUGUGCUAACUUCGGUUAUACCUCCGCUCUCUUAAGGCCAAUCUCGUCUCCAAUAGGCCAGGAUUCUCAUUUCAAACCACUUUCCCUUCUGGAGGACAACACCGGUCAAAAUCUGCCCACGUUACCCCCUGACAGACCCAGACUUUCUCCCGUCAAUUUUAAGACGUCUCCAAAGCGGGUAAUCAUUCCUGCAGAUCCGCAGGUGUGGACAGUGGAACACAUUCAACAGUGGUUAGAUUGGGCAACGCACGAAUUCCAACUCCUAGACGUAGAUCUCAGCAAGUUCCUUCACAUUGACGGCAGGGCGUUGUGCCGUAUGUCUCGGGAAGAGCUAGCACGGCUAGUCAACACACAGAAUGCCGAAGUCCUCUUCUACCAUCUAGAUAUCCUCAGACAAUCUAUUAUACCCCCGCAUUCAGACGAAGUGGAUCGUUCUUAUUAUCAGCAAGGUAUGAGAUCAGGGCUGGAUCCCGGAAUUAAACCCGAACCUUUCCAAAUGCCGCUGUCCGAACCUGUGGACCCGUACCGCUUCCCCAAACCCGAUCCGACCUUUUCCAAGUCCCCAUGGAACUCGCAGACACCAUCGCCAAGCCAAGGUUAUGGGCCUUCAUCUAUGGCCAUGGUACCGAAAUCUUCAAACCUGGAAAGUGCGCAUGCGCAGUGGAGGCCCCAGGAUCCAUAUCAGUUAUUUGGACCUAUGUCGAGCAGGUUAUCUCACUCUGGAAGCGGACAAAUCCAAUUGUGGCAGUUCCUUUUGGAGCUUCUGUCGGACAGUCGCAAUGCGAACUGUAUAACAUGGGAAGGAACAAACGGAGAGUUCAAACUGGUCGACCCGGAUGAGGUGGCAAGAAGAUGGGGAGAACGCAAAAGCAAACCCAACAUGAACUACGACAAACUGAGCCGAGCUCUCCGAUAUUACUACGACAAAAACAUCAUGACCAAAGUUCAUGGCAAAAGAUACGCCUACAAAUUUGACUUUGCUGGACUGGCUCAGGCAAUGCAGCCGUCAACCGCUGAUCCCAGUGCUUAUAAAUAUCAACAAGACUUCCUCAUGCACGGUUACCCAAGCCCAAGGUUGAACUGUAUGAAUGCGCAUGCUCCCAUGACAACAAACACUUCCGGAUUAUUUGGGGCGCCGGGUCCAUAUUGGUCAUCUUCGAAUGGAAAUUUGUAUCCGAAUUUAUCCAAUCACAUUCUGACUCAUCAUCCGGGCCAUAUGUCUUCACAUCUGACUUCCUACUACCCAUAAUGCUAUGUGUGGAUGGCCAAUCAUUUGUUGUACAGACCCGUGUUUGUAUAUAUAUAUAUUUUCGUGGGUUUCGUAGACUUUGAGUGUUGAAAUGUCUUAGUGAGCGGAGAUGGAGUGAAUGUUGAGUGUUUUUUCUUAAACUGACAAAGUUUUCUUAUCCGAUCUGGUUAUAUAAAACCCCAAAUGGGCACAAUUAAACACAGAUAAAUCUGAAUGCAUGAAUCUGUGUUACAGUACGCCAUACACGGAACACUGUGACAGACUUGGAUUUGAUCACUCCAAUCAAAUGAUCAUCAUUCACUAGCCGGAUUUAUCUGCAUGUAUCGAUUAUUAUAUGCGUGAACCGGACAUAGUAAGCUACCUAUCAAUUAAAAGGUAAAAAAAAAAAAAAUAAAAAGAAAAAAAAAAAACGUUUGAAACUACAAGAUUUAUGAGGUAGUACGUAUAACACUAUCCCAAAGCUGAGGAUUGUGACGCAAGCAAUUAUUGCCCUGCACUAGACACUCGAAGACUUUCCUGUCUGUUGUCAAGUGUAGAAGGUUUUCAAAUAUAGGCCUACCAGAGUCGUCUUUUGGGUAGUAACAAACCGCUGAAGUCGGUUUCGCCUAUAUAGCUUUCAAAGCAAGGUUCCUUCUGCUUCUGUGAAGACCUGAAAAGCCUGGUGAGCUAUUCUUUUAAUAACAGUGAAUAAUUCAAAAUUCAUUUUAGCCGAACGGAAGCCAUUAUUGAUCCACCAUAUGAAGCAAGCUGCCAGAAGAGCUAAUAAUCAAUAUUUCCUCUAAUUACCUCCCCUUAACCUCUGUCCCGACUGUAAUGACACUCGAUUAUACUCCAAGUUUACUCAUGAACCCUGUAGCAGAAAUUCUCAACUCGUGGCAUUACAGCGGUGUUACUAAAUUUUGGGAUGUUCAGAUAUUAGUUGCAUUUAUGGGAAUAACCUUCAAGUCUGUGUGAGCAGUGGACUUGAGCAUCCAGUCUGUCCUGCUACACAAUGAUAUCAGCGUAACAGUUUGACGGUAAUGUGGCCAAGGAACAUCGAUAUGUAUAUGGUACACAGGGGGAAAGACGCUAAUUUUUUGUAUUAAAAUUGCAAGCAUAGAAACAUGUCAUUUUUGGAUCGAGAAGAUAAUGCUGAAAUGGUAUUUUCUCACAAAACCAGACAUAGAUUUUUCCGGCUGUAUCCCAAAUAAAGAUGAGAAAUGAGUGACACAUUAAAGCCUGUAGCGUGUGGCAUGCAUGUUACAAGAGCUUGUGGUGUGUUUCUAAGGUUCAUAUCUUUGACUGGUUAUUUUUUCUGUAUAUAUGUAUAUGUACAUACCAACUAUUAAAGCUAAAGCUACUCCUUC